AUGGAAGCUAACAGCCAGCUCAGGGGAGUCAUCCAAGAAAUGCAGAAAGAAAUCAACAAACUGGAGAAAGAAAAUCAAGCCCUCCGCAUGAAACUCACUGCAAGCUGUCAGAAAGCUCCAGGUUCAGAGGAUGAAAGCGAAGAAGUCACAGAUGUUGGUAACCCAGGAGAAGUGCCUGGACAAUCUCUAGCAACUCUUCCUGGGGGUGUUUCCACUGAUUCAGCAACAGCUGCACAUGAACACCAAGACAAUGUCAUGAUUGUUAGACGCUAUUCCAUUUCCUCACUGUUUCAUUCAUUUGCUGCAAAUGAUCCCUGGAAAGCUGGGAAAAGACAUCCACAUAGAGGGAUUCCAGAAGCUCAGGGAACAAUUAAAUCACUGGCGUGUUCUUCAAUUAAGAAGCAAGACAAUGAAGAAAAGACACUUGUGGCAGAGUCCUUAACCAGCAACUGUCCCAGCCAAAGAUCUUGUCCUGAGCAUGGCCCUGGUUUCAGGGACAAGAUGAAGACAGUCAGUUUCCAAUUGCCCAUGGACAUUUCUUCAUAUUCCAAAAAUGCAAGUUCUUUGAAAUACCCACCAAAUCAGAUCACAAACCAACUCAGUACUGUUGCAGAAUAGACUGUGCGAGCAGUUGCAAUCCGAC